AUGGAUGUUAAACUAGAGGAAGAUGAAGCGGAGAUAUCCCAAGUAACCAUUCGGUCUGAUUCAAUUAAUGCCUGCAUAGAUUACCCACAUUUUCCAGUGUCAGGAAACACAGAAACAAGUUAUCUGGAAAUCAAAACAGAUUCAACAUAUGAACAUGACUAUGCAGUUAUCCAAACUACCAACAAUUUAUCAGCCAGCUAUUUUCUUUCUGAGAUUGAUGUAAAUGUAAAGCUUGAGGAGAAUGACAUGGGAAUAUCCCCAACUGUCCCAUGGUCUUCAGGUUCCUAUGUGGGUUUACCAAAAGAGCAUUCACAUGUACCUACCAUCAGUUCCCAAACAACAAGUCAAGGGCAGAUUUUACGUAUUUUCCCUGAAAAGACAGGUGCAAGUGAUGGGGAGAAUAACUCUAUUAAAGUGGUUUAUUUCUGUAAUGCCCAAGAUACCAUUAGCACAUCUGAAGGGCAUUUGAUCAAAGAGGGGUCAUGGCAUGGAGCACCGUCCAGUGAUAUUCCGAUAGCGAAUGUAUUCACCCUCUGUGGUUCAUUUGAAGCUCAAAUCAACCCAACUUCACAGGUGUUUAGCGUAAGCCAAACGCAGACCAAUAAUGAAUUGCCAUUGCCCGCUGAAAAUGUUCAUCUAGCAAGCCAUAGUACUGCCAUUCCUUCUGCGCUAACCUCACCCGCUACAGAGAGAUGCUGUAAUUUAGCUGUAUCUACUAGACCUAGGCCUAUUCUUUCAGAUUAUUGUGAGCCAUUUAACUUACCUUCUGAUGAAGACGAAGACUACAGUGGCAAUAUAAGACGAAGACUACAAUGCCAGAAAACGGUAGAGGAUAAAUAUAUACGGCAGUGUCGUGUCAGUUACUCAAGACAUAACCUAAGAAAUUUUGGGAGGUGUUGGAAAGCUCCAUACACCAAGUGCAAGGAAAUGGGUGUAGAUUUCAAUGUUGGAUCUGGAGCAAAACAGAAACUUGAUUUUAAUUUACUGACAAAUGGUGUAAUGGUUGAGGUGUCUGAAUAUGCUAAAGAGAUUAAUAGAGCUCACCAGCAUGUUAUCUAUGAUAUUCUAGAAUACAACUUUGAUCUUGGUGUUGAAAAUGAAGUACAAUAUGAUUUUUCCAGCCGGACUAUGUCAAAACUAAAAGACAUGAAGAUGAAUUACAAGAGGACAAAUCCUGGGUGGUUAACAGAAGUGUUUGAACUUCCUGAUCCGAAGACAAUGAAAGCAAGGAAAUACUCUCUUAAAUGGGCAAGGUCCAAUUUGCAUAACAGUGUCUCAGAAAAUCCUACAUCUUUUGACAUCUGCAUAAAGGAGGAGCCUGUUGUGGACCUGAUAUCUCCUCCGCAUGUGAAGACUGAAAGCAUCUUUACUGAGACAGAUGUAACACGGUGUGCGGAUGAGACCGCACUCCUUGGCCCUGAAAAUGGACCUAAUGAUAAAUGCACGAGGAAUGAGUCUGAUCUGGAUGUGAUCUAUCCUCAACAUAUCCAGACAGAAACCAUCUUCAUUCAGAAAGACAUAACAAUGGAGAAAUCCUUAAUGAUGCCCACAAUAGAAGAAGCAUUGGAGUACCUCUACCCUCUCUGUAAGGAAAAAGGACUUGACCUUGAUGUGAAAUCUAAAUUUGUGAAAAAGGAGAAACUUGACUUACAUCUAUUGACCAGAGACGUAAUGUUUGAAUUGGCUGAUUUUGCCUCAGAAGUGUGUGGAAAUUACAAGCAGAUUGUCUGUGAUGUUCUAGACCAUAAUUUUGAUCUGGAUUUACAAAGUGGGAAAACUGAGCUGGCUGAAGAUAUUAUGGAUGCUUUAAGAGCAGUUUUGAAGAGAAAGACACAUUUACAAGGUCAAAAGAGAUGUGAAUUUGACAAGGAUACUUUCCUGAAAAAACGACACAAACGAAAGAAUCCUGCCGAGAUUUCCAGUAACCAGAAGGUCACUACAGCGUCACUUGAGCCGAAAUACCAAAGACUGAAAGAAGUAACAAAAAGGAGGAGAUUGGAUUUAAUGAGGAAAAAGAAAGAAAUUGACAUGUUAAUAGCCAGGGAGUCGAAGGGAGGCAAUUUGUUGGAAGUCAGACAAGUAGAACCUCAUUGGGUCAAGCUAGAGAGUAUCCCUGAUAAGAUUGACCUUGCACUUUGUGCUGAUGAAACGAAACAAAUUGUUGUGACCAACUUAGACCAAUCAAAUGUGAAGUUUAACGCCAACAAAUUGGUGAAAGAGUGCCACCCACUCUCUCAUGAAUUAGGUCUGGACCUUGAUGUUGCAUCCAAACCUGCAUUCACCCUCUGUGGUUCAUUUGAAGCUCAAAUCAACCCAACUUCACGGGUGUUUAGUGUAAGCCAAACACAGACCAAUAAUGAAUUGCCAUUGCCUGCUGAAAAUGUUCAUCUAGCAAGCCAUAGUACUGCCAUUCCGUCUGCGCUAACCUCACCCGCUACAGAAAGAGGCUGUAAUUUGGCUGUAUCUACUAGACCCAGGCCUAUUCUUUCAGAUUAUUGUGAGCCAUUUAACUUACCUUCUGAUGAAGACGAAGAUUACAAUGGCAAUGUAAGACGAAGACUACAAUGCCAGAAAACGGUAGAGGAUAAAUAUAUACGGCAGUGUCGUGUCAGUUACUCAAGACAUAACCUAAGAAAUUUUGGGAGGUUUUGGAAAGCUCCAUACACCAAGUGCAAGGAAAUGGGUGUAGAUUUCAAUGUUGGAUCUGGAGCAAAACAGAAACUUGAUUUUCAUUUGCUGACAAAUGGUGUAAUGUUUGAGGUGUCUGAAUAUGCUAAAGAGAUUAAUAGAGCUCACCAGCAUGUUAUCUAUGAUAUUCUAGAAUACAACUUUGAUCUUGUUGUUGGAAAUGAAGUACAAUAUGGUUUUUCCAGCCGGACUAUGUCAAAACUAAGAGACAUGAAGAUGAAUUACAAGAGGACAAAUCCUGGGUGGUUAACAGAAGUGUUUGAACUUCCUGAUCCGAAGACAAUGAAAGCAAGUAAAUACUCUCUUAAAUGGGCAAGGUCCAAUUUGCAUAACAGCGUCUCAGAAAAUCCUACACCUUUUAACAUCUGCAUAAAGGAGGAGCCUGUUGUGGACCUGAUAUCUCCUCUGCAUGUGAAGACUGAAAGCAUCUUUACUGAGACAGAUGUAACACGGUGUGCGGAUGAGACCGCACUCCUUGGCCCUGAAAAUGGACCUAAUGAUAAAUGCACGAGGAAUGAGUCUGAUCUGGAUGUGAUCUAUCCUCAACAUGUCCACACAGAAACCAUAUUCAUUCAGAAAGACAUAACAAUGGAGAAAUCCUUAAUGAUGCCCACAAUAGAAGAAGCAUUGGAGUACCUCUACCCUCUCUGUAAGGAAAAAGGACUUGACCUUGAUGUGAAAUCUAAAUUUGUGAAAAAGGAGAAACUUGACUUACAUCUAUUGACCAGAGGCGUAAUGUUUGAAAUGGCUGAUUUUGCCUCAGAAGUGUGUGGAAAUUACAAGCAGAUUGUCUGUGAUGUUCUAGACCAUAAUUUUGAUCUGGAUUUACAAAGUGGGAAAACUGAGCUGGCUGAAGAUAUCAUAGCUGCGUUAAGAGCAGUUUUGAAGAGAAAGACGCAUUUAGAAGGUCAAAAGAGAUGUGAACUUGACAAGGAUACUUUCCUGAAAAAACGACGCAAACGAAAGAAUCCUGCAGAGAUUUCCAGUAACCAGAAGGUCACUACAGCGUCACUUGAGCCGAAAUACCAAAGACUGAAAGAAGUAACAAAAAGGAGGAGAUUGGAUUUAAUGAGGAAAAAUAAAGAAAUUGACAUGUUAAUAGCCAGGGAGUCGAAGGGAGGCAAUUUGUUGGAAGUCAGACAAGUAGUCCCAUAGGGCGGCGCACAAUUGGCCCAGUGUCGUCCGGGUUAGGGGAGGGUUUGGCCAGGGGGGGCUUUACAAGUAGGCUGUAAUUGUAAAUACGAAUUUGUUCUUAACUGACUUGUUUAGUUAAAGGUCAAAAAAGAAAACAUAAUAAUAAAUAGAACCUCAUUGGGUCAAGCUCGAGAGCAUCUCUGAUAAGAUUGACCUUGCACUUUGUGCUGAUGAAACGAAACAAAUUGUUACCAACUUAGACCAAUGAAAUGUGAAGUUUAACACCAAAAAAUUGGUAAAAGAGGUCUGGACCUUGAUGUUGCAUCCAAAUCUGCAAAUUGAAUUUACUGACUAACGUUGUUGUUUUCGAGGUUCAUACAUACUUACGCAAGAAUCGUCGAGGUAAGACUGGAUUAAAAAAAAGGGGGUUAUUUUAUGUUUGCUCUCUAUGAUAUUCUAGAAUACAAUUUUGAUUUUAGUUUGCAAAAUCAGAGACAUUAUCAAUUUCAAUUAUGGAUUUCGAGUGAAGUGAAAAAGUGGUUCGGAAACACAAACCUGAGCUCUUGGGAAAGGAUGAAAUGUCAGAAGAAGUGUUCAUAAUACCUAAUGUGAUUCAAAGCCGUACAAAAAGUGCUUUCAGAUCAUUUUCCUGAAAGAAUGUCAAAAAUCUCUGGAUUUUUCUUUUUAACAAGAUGCAAGACUGGUAUAUCCUAAUCAUGGUAAACACACUAUCGCUAUGAAGAGCAUUUAAUCGAAGAUGGUUCAUGGCAUGGAUCAACACGCAGUGAUAUUAUUUACAUUUACAUUUACGUCAUUUAGCAGACGCUCUUAUCCAGAGCGACUUACAAAUUGGUGCAUUCACCUUAUGAUAGCCAGUGGGACAACCACUUUACAAUUUUUUUAUUUUAUAUUUUUCUAAAUGUUGUAUUUUUAGAGUAUAUUUUUAAUUUUCAUUUGUUUUAUAAAAUUAUAUAUAUAUUAUGACAGGAAAUGUAUUCAGCCUCCCAGAGUUGUCACUACUGAGAGCAGAAAAUGGUUAUUUUGAAAGUCAAAUCAACCCAACCUCACAGAUAUUUAGCCAAACACAGACCCAAAGACAGAACCAGGCCAACAAUCUCCCAAGACAUGGUACUGCCAUACCUUUUGUGCUGACCUCAUCUGCUACAGCAAGCGGCUGUAAUGUAGAACUACCUACUAGUCCUCCUCUUCCAGCCAAUUGUGAAUCAUUGAACUAUCCCUCUGAAGAUGAAGACUACAAUGUCAAAUGUCCAAAAACUUUAGAGGAUUAA